CAACGGGGGACUUGCUCGCUCUUCGUGCUGUUGAUGGAGAACCGUUCGCGGCUGGUAUAGUAUGGCCAAAUGCCUCAUUACCAUCAAACAGUAUCCAGAUAUCCUCGACCUUAACCGCCACCGCCGGUGUGCAAGACGGAUCCAAAGCUCAUCUAUCGACCAUCAGCAGUGUCGCUUCCACCAGCAGCCUAACACCGCCAGAGAUCAAGGAGGCCUCCAGCCUCAUCUGCAGCGCCCUCUCUGGAAAACCAGGGGGCACUUUGUCUACCGGGUCUAAGGCAGAAAGGCUUGUCGCGUAUGUUAAGGAGCUCUUGGUAGAUGUGAAAUAUAUCACGACGUCACAGAUCUUGAAUGUAGAGUAUCACGGCGUCGCGCACCAAUUUCGAGUAUCUUGGGCAGAAAACGAAGCACAAGUACCGGAGGACGUGUUCGCCCUUAGCGAGAGGCUGAAUGGUCUAUCAUUACGCAGACCUAUCUCUCCGUUUGAAGUACGAUUAGUGGGAUGGGACACAGAUGUGGUCUUAAAGGACACGUCGGCACCGACGAACAGCCAACCCGAUUCUGCUCCUGAUGCCAUCGUGGCUCAUUCGAUAUCUGCACCAACCAUGGAUCAUGAUGAGGAGAUGAAUGCGUUUGCCUCUGUUGGCGGGCUUGAUCGACAGAUUGCCGAGAUCCGGAAUCUUAUUGAGCUGCCUUUGCAAAGGCCUGACCUAUUCCGCCGGUUUGGGAUCAAACCACCCAGAGGCGUCUUGUUACACGGACCGCCCGGUACAGGCAAGACGCGUCUUGCUCACGCUAUCGCGACAUCCACCCGAUCUUCUCUGAUCCUCAUCCACGGACCCGAACUUUCCUCAGCCUACCAUGGCGAGACAGAAGCAGCAUUACGUCAAGUUUUCCAAAAAGCCAGAAAGCAGAGUCCCUGCGUAAUCGUGCUUGACGAGCUGGAUGCGCUGUGCCCCAAACGGGAAGAGGGAUCGGGCGAGGUUGAGAAACGAGUGGUGGCUACGCUCUUGACCUUGAUGGACGGAAUGGCGGAUGAGGACGAGAAAGAGGGAGGAAGAGUUAUUGUUGUCGGGACUACAAACCGAGUGAACACGAUCGAUCCAGCUUUGCGCAGACCAGGGAGAUUUGAUAGGGAGAUAGAAAUUGGGAUACCCGAUGCCACAGCGCGAUUGGCAAUAUUACACGUCCUGCUCGCCAGAAUUCCUCAUUCGUUGGAUGAUGAUACACUAAAGCCUCUGGCUGACCGGACUCACGGGUAUGUCGGUGCCGACCUCGCCGCACUCGUUCGAGAUGCGGGAACUUUAGCUAUCCACAGGUGGCUGGAUGCAUCUAAGUUGACUGCAGCGCCCAAAAUGACCGCCGAGCUGACUAAUGCUGAUCUGUUGAACGCUCUGCCGGGCACCCGACCUUCUGCGAUGCGCGAAGUGUUUAUCGAAACACCUUCUGUCCGAUGGUCGGAUAUCGGCGGCCAGCAGUCGGUCAAAGAAAAGCUAAAGGAAUGCGUGGAAUGGCCACUGCUCUAUCCGAAGACCUUCGAGCGUUUAGGAGUCACCCCGCCUAAGGGCGUUCUGCUAUACGGUCCACCUGGCUGCAGCAAGACACUUACUGCGAAAGCGCUGGCUACCGAGAGUGGUAUAAACUUCUUAGCUGUGAAGGGUCCGGAGUUGCUGAACAAGUAUGUGGGUGAAUCAGAGCGCGCCAUUCGAGAGAUCUUUCGCAAAGCGCGCGCUGCGGCUCCAUCCAUCAUCUUCUUUGACGAAAUCGACGCUCUCGGGAGCAUGAGGACUUCGGGGGACAAUGCGGGAGGCGCACACGAGGGCAUGCUUACAACGCUGCUAAAUGAAAUGGAUGGGAUCCAGGAGCUCGUGGGUGUGACGAUCGUUGCCGCGACAAACAGACCAGACGUUAUUGAUUCGGCACUCAUGCGUCCAGGCCGUUUGGAUAGAAUCCUAUAUGUCGGGCCUCCAGAUCUCGAGGCUCGGAUGGAGAUUCUGAAGAUCCGAACAGCGAAAAUGGCAGUUGAGCCCGGAAUAGAUUUCCACGAUCUUGCAGUGAAGACUACAGGAUGUUCUGGUGCGGAGAUUGCCGCUCUCUGUCAAGAGGCCGCCCUCGCUGCUAUGAAGGAGAAUAUCGAUGCCGCUUUUGUUGGAAUCCGGCACUUUCGAGAGUCUAUCGACACAGCGAGGCGCGGAAUCACUCCGGAGGUAGUAGAAAGAUUCAAGAUUUGGAGUGAAACCAGCGGCGUCAGGCAUGCCUAG